UUUGUUUUGAUCGUUUGAAAUAUAUGGGCCCAUAAAAUAUGAGUGUUUUAUUUUAAAUGUGACUAAUAAUAAUAAUUUUUUAACAAAAUGGAACCUUCGAAAGAGCCGAUAAGUGUUCGAACAGGACGAUUAAAUAAUCAAAUAGUUGCCAGAAAUUCCCAACCCACAAAAACAUCAAAUUUAAUAUAUCGUGAUAGUUUACUCGAUGCAUUUAUCGCUUUUUACGAUGAAUGUAACAACGAUUUUUUAAUAAAGAAUGAUAAAUUAAUCGCACAAUUUGUUGAAGAAUUUCGUACGGCUUUAUUAGAUCUCAAACAAAUACGUCCAAGUAUUUAUGAUUUUGAAGUACGAAAUGUUAUCGGACGUGGACAUUUUGGGGAAGUUAAUGUGGUCAGAGAAAAACAGACUGGUGAUGUUUAUGCAAUGAAAACAUUACGAAAAUGUGAAAUUUUAAAGCAAACCGGUGUUUCGUUUCACCAAGAAGAACGUGAUAUUAUGGCUACAGCCACAUCGCCAUGGCUAACCGCUUUACAGUAUUCAUUUCAAGAUAGUUCGAAUCUUUAUUUUAUAAUGGAAUUUCAUUCUGGAGGCGAUUUAUUGGCAUUAUUGGAAAGGCAUAAUGGAGUUAUUCCCGAAAGUUUUUGUCAAUUUUAUUUAGCUGAGCUAACACAAGCCAUAAAUGCUUUACAUUUAAUGGGAUACGUUCAUCGUGAUUUGAAACCAGAAAACGUGUUGUUAGAUAAAUGUGGCCAUUUGAAAUUGGCUGAUUUUGGUUCGGCUGCAAAAUUAUCAAGUAAAGGAAAAGUUUGUAGUGAAUUACCGGUUGGUACACCCGAGUAUAUCGCACCAGAGGUUCUUAAAUCAAUGGAAAAUGGAGGAUCAUAUGGGACUGAAUGUGAUUAUUGGUCGUUGGGUAUAAUUGCAUACGAAAUAUGCGUCGGUUGUACACCGUUCACAGGCUCCGCACUCACGUCCAUAUACAACAACAUCAUGAACUAUUCCUUAAAAUUAUCAUUCCCAGAAGAAUGUAAUAUAUCGGAUCCAUAUAAACAUUUUAUUAAGGCUUUACUCAUCGAUGGUAAUGCCCGAUUGAACUAUAAGGGAUGUUUGGAACAUGAAUUUUUUAACAGUAUUAAUUGGAAUCGUUUACGAGAUGAAGUACCACCGUUUGUACCGAAAGUGAAUUCAAUUGAUGAUACAUCGAAUUUUAUCGAAAUUGAACAUAAACCACAUGUGUGUACAUCGACUAUGGAGAAUUUGAGGAAUAAAAGGAUGUUUACGGGACGGAAUUUACCAUUUAUUGGAUUUACAUACACGCCAGAUGUACCAGAAUUGGAAAUCUCUGUACACAUUAAACCUAAUUGGAACAAUAAAAAUGCCUUAGAUGAGAAAAACAAAGAAGUAGAAUAUUUACAUAAAAAAUUAGCGGAAAUUGAUAACGAUACCAAAGAUAUAAAACUAUUAAAAAAACGUCUUGCCGAAGUAUUAAAUCAAUUACGUAAAGUUGAACAAGUACGUGAAACACUUGAAAAAGAUUUAGCAUUAAGUAAAAAUCAAGUAUCACAUUACAAGCGUAGUAUUGAAGCGGAACGUUUAGAACGUAAGGAAAUUGAAACCAAAGCAUUGGAUUUAAUAAAAAUGACAAAAAAACGUUGGGAAGAGGCUGAAGCAAUUAAAAUUACAAAAUUAAAUGAAGAAAUUGAGGAAGGAACACAACGUAUUACGGAUCUAUGUACACAGAAUAAUGAGCUAGUUUCACAGUUGGAACGUUGUCAAAACGAUUUGGCGAGUACACGCAGCGAGUUAGAAGAAUUGAAGAAUUUACAAUCGGAGUAUAAGGAUAAAAUGAUUCGUUGCCGUGAACGAAAUCGUCAAAGUAUUUAUGGUGUUCAAACACAAUUAGAAAAAAUAAAUACAGAUGCCACUGAACAAAUCGAAAAGUUACAACAAAAAAUUAAUGAAGAAGUUAGUACACGUUUAAAUAUGGAAAAUGAAUUAGAAGCAUAUAGAAAUAUGUCGAAAAAAUAUGAAAAUGAAUUAGAAAAACAUGUACAAGAGAAUUUUACACUAAAAGAAACAAUCGAAAAUUUACGUGAGAAUUGUAAUGAACUUACAUCGUUAAAAUUACAAUAUAGCGAAUCGAAAAAACAUUUCGAACAAGUUCAAAGUAAUCAUGAAAAUAUUGUUACCGAAUUAAAGGAGUUAUUAAACCAAGAAAAAUUGGAUGCGUCUCAAUUACGAAAAGAAAUUCGAACUUUAAAUUCAGAAUUAAAUAAAACCCAAUGUGCCUUAGAUAAAAUAACGAAUAGUUCAAAAUCAAUUCAAAAUGAUUACGAAAAUCAACUAUCACAGCUGCGAGAACAGUUAAUCGAGGCAAAUCGAAUACGUGAGGAACUUCAUGUACAGCUACGUGAAGCCCAAGAGAGUGAUGAAUUAAAUCGAAGUCGUGUCAAUGAUUUGGAACAAUUAGUCGCAAGAUUAGAACAAGGUGUGGCAAAAUUGGAAGCAAGUGAUGGACAAGAAGAUCAAAUUGCACGAUUAGAGGCACAAUUAGCACAUGCUCAUGAAUCAUUAGCUGUUGAAAAACAUGAAGCUCGUGCUGCAAAAACUGCUUUAUGGCGUAAAGAAAAAGAAUUAUCUGAUCUUGAAUUAGAUAAACGAAUUACCGCACGAGAAUUAAAAUCUGCUACCGAAAAAAUUACUAAUCUUAAUGAGGAAAUUAAAGAAUUAACAAAAGCACUAUCAAUUGAAAAAGAAUUACAUGCUACAGAUAUCGAAGCUUUACAAGAAAAAUUCAAUGAAGAAAAUAGUACGGUGAAAAACUUAGAAUCAGAAAUAACAACACUGAAAAAAGAUUUUGAACGUACAAAGAAAGAAAUUUUAUCGGAGAAAGAAAAAUAUGAAAAAUUAUUAAAAGAUAGUAAAAAAUUAGAAAUGCAAAUGGAUGGUUUACGCAGUGAAAAACGUGAAUAUGAACGACAAGUGAAUCGAUUAAAAGACGAUAUGGAUCGAGUUGUUCGAGAAAAGAAUAAUUUAAAUCAGAGUUGUGAGAAAAAUCGUAAUGAAACACAAAAAUAUGAAACUUUGUUGGCGCAACGUGAUCGUGAAUUACAAAAUUUACAAAUGAAUCACAAUGUACUUCGUGAAGCUUGUAGUAUGUUAGAAAAUCAAUUAGAAAACUACGAUUGUCUAAUUGAAGAGUGUGAGAAAAAACAGAAAAAUUUAUUAAACGAAAUUGAAGAGCACAAGAAACGUAUUGAAAAAUUACAAGCGGAUGUACAAACUGGAAAACAGAAUAUUAACGAACAAAUUUCAUUAAAAUCUUUGGCUGAAAAGCGAGCUGAACGUUUACAAAAUGAAUUAAAAGAAUUGAGCGAUGAAAAAGAGACACUUGCACAACAAUUAUCGCAGUACAAAACAGCUUGUGAAAAUUUGAAUGAACAAUUGGCAGUAUGCGAAUCACAAUUAUCUGAACAUGAGCUUAAUAUAACAAAUUUGAAGCGAUAUUUGGAGGUGGCUCAAAAAGAACAAAAUCUUUUAAAAGAAGAAUCGUCACAUCGUUUAACAUUAUUGCAAAGUGUAAAAGAAUCAAAUUUGAAAAUUAAUCAUGACUUACGAAUUGCUCAAGCUGAAAUAGAAUCUUUGAAAUCAUUAAAUAUUGAUCUCGAAUCACAAUUACAAGAGAAAAUUCAUUAUUAUCAACAACGUGAGUUAAAAUCAGAUGCUCAACAGCAGCAACAAGCUAAGCUAAUAAACUAUUUACAAACAAAACUUGAAGAGUAUAAUAAAAAGAAAAAAACAUUCACCGAUAAAUUAUUCCGACAUAGUAAAAAAGAAAAUAUGCCUCCAUUACAUUUACGCUUAGCACGUGAUGUUGAAACAAAAUUACAAGAGGAAAAAGCGAAAAAUAAAGAAUUAAAUGAUGAAUUACAGAAAAUUAAGGGUACUUUAUCAAAACAACAAAGUUUUAAAGUAGCCGCUACAGUUUCUAAUGGAUCAUCAGCGGUGGAUAAACGGAAUUCAAAAAUUGUAGAUGGAGAAAUUACUAUUAAAUCGUUGACAAGUCCUAUGGAAGGCUUUGUUAAACUUACCGAUGGUACCAAAUGGAUUUGGGAAAAUAAAUAUUUACGAUUGGAAGACACCCAUUUACGUUGGUACGAUCAAAUCGAAAGUACAACACCCAUAUCGAAAAUAAAUUUAACAUCAAACGAACUCACCAUACAAUUAAUUGAAGAUAUCCCGUUAAGCGAGUGUAAAAAUAUCACUGAACGUGAUCAACCGCUAAUCUUUAAAAUCGGAACAAAACCAAAAACAACUUGUUGGCCAAGUCAAAUUCUAUAUAUAAUGGCAUCUAGUACGAAUGCAAAAUUAGCAUGGAUUGGAGCGUUAAAGAAAAUUAUUCCUAACUUAAUAACCGGAUCAUCAUCACAACAAAUCGGUAAAAUUGUAUGGAAAACAUCUGCGGAAGUUGUACGAACAAUUGUUGAAAUUGAUACGAAUAUCUUAUUGAUUGGAACACUUAAUGGCAUUUUUUCGGUUAAAGAAAAUGGUUCGACAGCUGUUUUAAUGGGAGGUGUUAAAAAUGUCAUUCAACUUGAUAUCCAUCGUAAACUUGGUCUAGUAAUAAUGAUUGCUGGUGAAAAAUCGUACUUACAAAUUAUUUGUCUACGCGUAAUGGAGGGUUUAGCAAAAGCUUCGUCAUGUAGUAAUCCAAUUAUAUGCCCACAAUUAGUUUUAGACGAUGAAUUCCAUUUAUUUGAAAUCUCCCCGAAUACACAUAUGAUGUGUGGGGCAACGAAGACCCAAAUUAUAAUCUUUAAAUACAAUAAUAGUAAUUUUACUCCUGUGCGAAUGUUAGACACCGCACAACCGUGUUCUUGUCUCUUGUUGCGUGAACAUUCUCUAUUAGUUGGGGCAAAUAAAUUCUUUGAAAUUGAUUUACGUAACUUUUCAGCUGAAGAAUUCCUUGAUGCUUCCGAUACAUCACUUUUAAGGGCUGUUUAUCUGUAUAAAACGAAUUCUUACCCCAUUGGUUUAAUUGAUGUCAGUAAUAAACAACAAAAUGAAUAUUUGAUAUGUUACAAGGAGUUCGGUAUAUUUGUAGAUGAAUUCGGUCGACGUAGUCGAGAACAUGAUUUCAAAUGGAAUCAUGUACCGAAGAAAAUUGCUUAUAAAAAACCAUAUUUAUUUAUUUUUUACACGAGUUUUAUCGAAUUAUUACGAAUUGAACAAUAUUCAUCGGUUUAUUGUCCGAUUAAAUUCGAUUUAAGUGAUGAUGGGGAAGAUGUUCGAUUUAUUGGUUUAAGUAAAUUAUUAAGUGGGUCAAUUUUUAUUUAUGCGGAUCAAUCAGUACGUUUAAUUGAUGGUGCAAGUUUAUUAGAAGAGGACGAUACUGAUGGAGGGGAUGUUACGGAAUCGGAACAAGAUGCUAAUGAUCAAUUUAGUUUUACGAGUUCAAUGGUGGAAUCGUUAGAUCGUUGUGGUGUCGAUGAUGAAGAAUCAUCGACAGAUGUUGAUUUUAAUAAUCGUAAAAAAAUUGUACAAUUUCAAAAACAAACAGAUCUCUAAAUUAUCUUUGAUAGAUUUUUAUUUUAAGUUUGUCUUAUCUUUUGUCUUAUGGGAGAUUGGGGGGCUGGCUUUGGUUAGUUUUUGGAACUAUAAGUGUCAAAUUGAUUCGGAUUUGUGUACAAUCCAUUGAAAUAUUGACAAUUUUGUAAUUACAAAUUCUUCUCUAUCUUAAACAGUUUUGUUCUGUUCGGAUAAGAUGGGAAAUUUGCUCUAUAUCAAAUGUUUAUUAAUUAAGCAAAACUUAAACUAAUCAAAACAGUUUUUCAAAAUUCUAACGAAUUCAAAACAAAUUCAAUGGGAGGAGUUUCCGAACACAUAAUAUAUUUGUACCCUACUUUCCCCUUGAUUUUUAAUCAUUUGCUCAAACUCCCCUUGCAUUUCUAUUUCUAUGUAUUUAUUAUUAUAUAUUUCUAAAGUUAUAAUUUUUCAAACCGGACUUCUCCCACCGUCCAGACACCUGGACUCUUCGAAAUUCUAUUUUUGGAACAUUUUAGUUCCCGUACUAAAACAAGCAAGUAGUAAAUUUGAUUUGUGUAGGAUGUGGCAAGACUGAUGUUUCCCGAUUAUUCAUGAUAUCAUUGCGAACGUAAUUAUCAAUUCCGCAUGAAUCAAAUUUGCUAAAGGGCAGUUUCUUA